AUGUCGACCACGUAUAUUCUGGGCUCCAUCAACCAGAGUCGCGGCUCCGACUACGAUGUUGUGCCAGAGGGCCCUAUCGCUGGGCUCCCAUCGCCUAUGCCCUCUGUCGCAGAUAUCAUCUACCCUCAUUUGACUUGGUCGACGCUUUGGUUCACGCUGCUAUGUGGCUUUGUCGCGUUGAAUAUGAAGAAUAUGCCGUUCAUGUGGCACAUGCGGCUUGUCAAUGCCUUUCGUUUCGUUUUGAGAACUCAGCGGCCUGCCGUGCCACUGAAACCGAUGCACAUCUUUCAACCAAUCAUUACAUCAUCAACGGCGCAACUUAUGGAGAUAGACUUCAAUAUUCACAAAUCUAAUUCGUCAUACUUCUCAGAUGCCGACAUCGCCCGGGCUCACCUUGUCUGCACCUUAUUCUCCAAAGGGAUUGAGCAGAUGCGUGGCGGAACUGCGGCGUACACAGGGUCCGGCAAGCCACUGUUCGGAUUUGCUCUAGGCGCGGUCUCAUGCAACUUCAAGCGCGAGAUACGUCCACAGGAGCAGUAUGAAAUGUGGUCUAAGAUCUUGACUUGGGACGAGAAAUGGAUCUACGUCGUCACCCACUUCGUCCGCAAAGGUGCCGUGAAACCAAAGAACUAUUCGUUAUACCCGGAGCAGUUCCCUGGUCAGAUUUUGGCCGAGAAGUCGUCUAGCAGUGACGAGAACUGUGAUGUCGGCUCGGACAAGGUCAUCUUCGCUACCGCGCUUAGCAAAUGCGUCUUCAAGGCCGGCCGAAAGACUGUCUCACCGGAGACCAUGUUCCAAAUUUCCGGGCUAUUGCCAGCGGGUAAUUCCGAUGACAAGGAAUUUGACGAGGUCACACUGCGGCAAAUUGAGGAGCAGAGGCAAAAGGGGCUUGUUACCGCGCAGUCGCUGACGGCGCAAACUCAACAAAAACUCGAAGCUGAGUUCGACCCUGCUGGUUGCGAGGCCUUGGGUAAGCACACCGACGGAGCGGGCAUCGUUGGGGUAGUGAACACCCUCAUGCAGCUGGCACAUCUGAAAAAGUCGCAAAUUUUAUGA